AUGGCCUUUCAUUCUGUGCUUCUCGUUUUCUUAGCUGGACUGGUAUUUCUUUCUGAAGCUGCACCACUGGUUUCCCAUGGGUCUGUUGAUUCCAAGUGCCCUCUUAUGGUGAAAGUUCUGGAUGCAGUUAGAGGAAGUCCAGCUGCCAAUGUAGAAGUUAAAGUGUUUAAAAAGGCUGCAGGUGGAAACUGGCAGGACUUCGCUACCGGGAAAACCACAGAAUUUGGGGAGAUCCAUGAGCUCACAACAGAUGAACAAUUUGUAGAAGGGGUAUACAGGAUUGAGUUUGACACCAGCUCUUACUGGAAAGGACUUGGCCUUUCUCCAUUCCAUGAAUAUGCUGAUGUGGUUUUUACUGCUAAUGAUUCUGGUCAUCGUCAUUACACCAUCGCUGCUCUCCUCAGUCCCUUCUCUUAUUCAACUACUGCUGUAGUCAGUAACCCACAGGAAUAA